AUGUUUUUCUCCAAAAUUAACUUCCCUUCCUUCCCCUCCUUCCCUUCAAUUCCCCAAUAUUUACGUUCUUCUCUAUUUUUUUCUUCUUCAACAUCUUAUUCAUUUAAUUCUUCAACAACAACAACUUCAUUCAACAACAAUUUAAAUCAAAAACAAUCCUCUUCCUUUCAUUCUUCCCCAACUUCCUCCCCCUUCCUCCUUUCCCCCUCUCAUUUUUGUUUUAAUUCAUUUAAAAUUCCCCAAAAAAAUUAUCAACGAAUUAAUUGUUUUCCUCCAACAUUUUUAUUUCUUCAAAUAAUUAUUGCAGCUUUGAUUAUUCCGAUGAUGGCUAAUGCGGAGACUGAAAAUCCUUUCCCAAAUGAUUUUGAAGAACACCGAAUUUGUGGACGUCUCUUAAUUAAUGCAUUAAAGACUGUAUGUAAUCAUCAAUAUCUACAACCUACUCGAGAACAACUUUACGAUAAUUACUACAAAAAUACUGGAAUGGUAUUUCGUGCAAGACGAGCUUCUUCUUCAAUUUCUGAAAUUGUUGGUGGAGGAGCUUCAAGAAAGAGACGAGGAAUUAUUUGGGAAUGCUGGUAA